AUGCCGUUGUCUGCCAAGCAAUAUAGAAGGCUAAAGAGAUACGAUAUCAUAACAAUUGGGGAACAUGAAAAAUUAAUUGCUAAAAACAAAGGAACACGAGAUGAAAGCUUUCGAUAUUACUGUAAAACAGAGGAUCUUUUUGGCAUUAUUGUAGCUGCACACAUAGCAACUGGACACAAACGAACUAGAGUCGUGGAGGCUGAAAUCAACAAAAAAUACUGCAAUGUUACUAGAACAGCUAUACAAAUUUAUUUGUCUCUUUGCGAACAAUGUCAAGGAAAAAAGAAAAUAAAGAAAAAGGGGUUAGUUGUCGCACCAAUUUUAUCAGAUCACAUGAACUCCAGAUGUCGAGUGAAUUUGAUCGAUAUGCAGAGUAAACCCGAUCGAGACUACCGUCUUAUAUUAAACUAUCAAGACCACCUCACAAAAUUUACCAUUUUGAAACCACUUAAAUCAAAAACCGCUGAAGAAGUUGCGUAUGUCGUGGUAGACAUUUUUUGCAUGUUCGGUGCUCCGUUUAUUCUACAAAGCGACAACGGAAGAGAAUUUUCCAAUAGGAUUAUAGAAGAGUUAAAGGAUUUGUGGCCAGGUCUUAAACUUGUAGGUACACGGAAAGCCCCGUCAUUCACAAAUCCAAGGAUCUGUAGAACGAUCUAA